AUGGGAGUAGAAAGAGGAAGUGGUAAGGGGCUGAAGCAGAUGCUAAAGAGGUGUUCGAGUUUGGGAAAGAAGAGCAACGUCCACGUCAACUCUAACGGCGUCCCCAAAGGUCACUUCGUCGUUUACGUUGGUCUAUCUAGAUCCCGACACAUCAUUCCUAUCUCCUUCCUCACGCACCCCAUCUUUCAGAUGUUGCUGAGACAAUCUGAGGAAGAGUUUGGGUUCUACCAAGACAAUGGCCUAACCAUUCCUUGCGAUGAAGAUUUCUUUCUCUCUCUCAUCUCCUCCAUUAAUCAGCCUUGA